ACUUCAACAUCUGAAUGAACCCACAUAAACCGAGAUCUGCUCACAUGUGAUUGGUUAGAGAUGUGUUUCUUGUGAUGCAUUCCUGAGAUGUGCUGAUAUUCUGGGAGCUGUUGCGCACUCAGUAAAUCAACAAUCCGAAUCUCACUGAUGGACUCGACAGAACCGAGACACAACUACACAAACACAAUGGCGUGUGUGACCUCUCUCUGGCUGCUGUGGGGAACUGUGUGUUCUGUCAUGUUCUGUGUGUUUGCUCAGGACUGUUUGGACAAGGAUGAGAUUGUUACUGAAAUGUCCAAGGACGUUGACUUGCCGUCUGAAUGUGUGUUAAGCUGCACAAUGUUCACUUACAGACAGAUUCUGGAGCAGCAACAAAAACUCACUGUCCGAUUCAAAGACCCAGAGUCCGGUGAAUCCGGACAGUUCUGUUGGUUUAUUCAGACGAGCUGCCGCCCGUGGACUCAAGCUUUUGUGUUGCUGCCAAUAAACGAAUCCGUUCCGGAUGGAGAAACGAUCCAAGUUCAGACCAAUUCAGUGACCCACACGAAGCCCGUUGAGCCGCACCGAUCACCGUCCGUCCUGACUGAUGACUGCGGGCUUCGGUUCGACCUGACUGAACAUCUGAAUCAUCUGCAGGAACCGACUCUCUGUGUCCGAGUCACUUUAGCUUUAAACACACUUCAGUGUCCGCCGUUUCUGGUCACCAUUAAAAAUAAGCAAUGAGACACAAAGCUAAAGAACAAAUAAACUUACUGAGAGGUUAGUGCUGGUAUAUUUGGGGUUUCCUGUAAAUAAAACGAGAAUCGAAUGAACGGUUGAAUAUGUCAAUGGUCUGUGAUGUAACGAUAAACAACAUUUAUAUUUGAAUACUCUUUAUAAACACGCUUCGGAUAAUCAGCACACAAACUAUAACGAUGUCUAUAAAAGCACUGAAACAUUUAUUCAUCGUGAUUUUUAAAUAAAAUUGUAUUUGUCUUCAGUUGGGAGAGACUUUAACACAAUGCGUUUUACAAGGUUAUAUAAGCGACUAUUACUUCAACAGAUAUUGAUGUUUUUAGUGUGUGUUUUACAUGAAUAACUCUUCAUUUGUCGUGUAUGCUGUCGGUAUAUUGUGCUGUAUUAAAUUGGCAGAUGAUAUUUGCUUCCCAGUGUAAACAGUUAUUUAUACUAUAAUAGUAUUUAAUAACGUUUUUCACAGUGAUGACGCGUUUCCGCUUUAUGUGCCAGCGUAAAUCUAGCAAACUUUUUAUAUGAUUAUUUUUUAAAAUAUUGAGUGUAAGUUUAUAACAUUAUUCUUGGUGUUAUUUUAACCUGGAAUUAAUUUUAAAAUCUGAAUGAUCACAGCUGCUGGGAGAUGGAGAGUAAAUUCGGCAUCUUCUCUCAUUUUAGUCUCUUAAUCCAUCGCUCUCUAUUUUAAACUCUUCUAGAGUCAUUCAAAUAUAAUAGUGGAUUUUUGUCAUUUAAAUGUAAUAGUGGAUUUGUUCUCUUGCUCUUGGAGCAAAUGGCUAAGUGACAAUAAUAUCUGCAUUGAUCCCAGUUUCACCGCUGUCAAUGUUUACAAUCGUUUACUUGUGUGGAAAAAGGUCUAUAUAGUGACAUUUAUGCACGUUUUUGCGAAGCCCCAGAAUAAACACAAUAAAUUAUUAUUAUCAUUAUUGUUGUUAUUAUUAAUAAUAAAAUAUUUUCUUUUGACCAAGACAGUUCAUUUAGAUUACUUUUUUGUCUAUUUCUUUUGGAAAUAUUUUUUUGUUUCUUCUUUACAUUAAGAAAUGAACCCAUUCUUUACAUUCACUCUUCACUGACACAUACUGCACAAGCACACUUAUAGAUCUCACACAUUAGUGUGUAGUGGUCUAAGCACAUAACUGGUAAUCUGGUAAUCAGUAAGACGCUGGUUCGAGCCCCACAGCCACCACCUUUGUGUCCUUGAGUAAGACACUUAACUCCAGGUUGCUCCGGGGGGAUUGUCCCUGUAAUAAGUGCACUGUAAGUCACUUUGGAUAAAAGCAUCUGCCAAAUGUAUAAAUGUAAAUGAAAUAUUAUUUGAUUUAAUAAUUCAUACAUCUAUAACUGCAUAUGUUUUUUUUUUUUUUAAGUAUAAAUGUGUUUGUGUGUGUGUGUGUGUGUGUUUGUGUGUGUGUAAAUAUAUAUAUAUACAAAUAUAUAUAUAUUAUAAGUAUGGACGUGUAUUAGAGUGUUUCUAAACUGAACUUCAAUUAUUGUCUGGCGCGCGCGCUCGUGGAACAGCAUGCCCGUAAAAGGAGCGGUGCGGCGGAACCAUCUCUUGCUCCGCGGGGGGGUGUGGUUCAAAAGAUGACAUCUGGUUGAAUAUUAAUACAAAUUAAUAUUGACUUAUUAAAAUGCUGUUUAACCCGAGACCUAAGCCGGAGACUCCCAGAAACUCUGUGUUUAGUUUAUCGUUUAACUGUGUCUGUUUUGACACCGUUCCGGCAUCAGUGGACCCGCGCACCUGAGUGGAUCCGUCCGCGGAGCUCGAUUCUGCGCGUGAGCUCACCUCAGUCAAACACUGGAUUCAUGUAAAACUCAUGUGCGAUUUCUUGUUUUCUUAAUUCGAAAUCAUGUGAUUAAUCAACAGAUUGUGUCGUCAUGAGCGACCGAAAACCGGCGGCGCGCGGUGGACAGAACAAACCGAGAAUGAGCGGCGCGAACAGUGUGCACAUGCAGGAUCGGAACGUGUUGCGGCGGAUGGAGAGAGAGAGGAGGAAUCAGGAGGUUCAGCCGCAGGAGACGCUGUAUGACCGAAUCUCUCCUCUUUUCAGUGAGCCGUAUAAGACAGUGAAAGGUGACGAGCUGUCCAGUCGCAUUCAGAGGAUGCUGGGGGAUUUCGAGGAUGGACACGAUGUCGGAAAUCAGGAUCUUUGGCCCGCAUUUCCUUACAAUCAUUCCACUCAACUCCCUCUUGUGGAGUGUCCCAAGCCGUCGGGACACAAUCCCGAGAGCGUGCCUGAAUCCUCCACCCCUCUGUCAGAGAGUUUACAGGCGGGUGAGAGCUGGGACUCGAGCGGUUUACCCGUCCCGCUGUCCCCCCUGCAGUCCAGUGACUCGGAUAAUGAAAGCGGCUCGACCCGUCAGGCGGAGGCACCUCCGUUCGCACCCACACUCCCGCUGAAUCUACACUCUAAACCGAGUGUUUUGAACCAGAAGAAGCCCACAGCUUACGUGAGGCCGAUGGACGGUCAGGACCAGAUGAACGGUGACUCGCCUGAUCUGAAGACCUCCUCAGAGUUUCACGAGAUCUUACUGAAGAACAGCAGCAGGGCGAACCGUCCUCUCCUGAAGCUGCAGACUCAGUGUGUCGAUAUGGUGUGUGACGAAGCUGAGCGUGUGGAGGAUAUUCUGAAGGAAAUGACCUCAUGGCCUCCACUGUUGACAAACAUUCAUACGCCAAGCACAACAGAGCCGCCCAUGUUACCUGUCUCUAAAGAGGAUACACAUGGAUUCCCAGCUCACAACUCUCAUGAUUCAUCAGACAGAGUUCAGCAGAAAGCUCAAGGAGGGUCCAGCAGCUCCAGUGAUUCUGAGAGCAGUUCAUCGGACACUAACAGUGAAAAUGGCAGCAAACCAGAAGAACAACCAGCACCAGAGAGCACACACACACAGGAACAGAAAGGAAGUGACUGGCAGUUGGGGAGAUGGUUAGAAAUCAGGGAGAACCAGCAGAACCCGUGUGAUGUCACCAGGCCCAGCUCCCAUGAUUCCUCUGUAAGGACAGAGGCUAAAGGUCAUCAGGGUUGCUAUAGUAACCCAACCCACUGCAACACUGAGGCUGAUCACACACCGACGGUGGUGAACACAGGCACAUGUGAGAGUUUGCAGUUUCAGAUUUCACAGCGCAAUGAAGACGCGUCCACACGACGAGAGAAACGAAAGAGAAAGAAAACUGACCGUCAGACGGACCGGACGAGAUCACCGGACAAAUCACAGACACGACAGCCGUCUGUCAGCACGAAACGCAAACACAGAAUUCACACACACACACAACGCCCCCUGCUGGUGAAGAUCCGGCUCGAGCUGCUCUCCAGAAUACCACAGGAGGACAAACGGUGCUCAGGUGCCGCCAGGAGACCCGCCGCUCACAAACACACCAGCACCAGCACGGUCCCGUCUGGACUCAAGAGAACUGCAGAGAGAGAUGAAAAGUCUGAAAGGAAGAAACAGAAACUGGAGAAAGAGGGAAAACACUCGUCUUCUUCCCAACACACCAUCAGCCAAUCAGAAGCAUUCAGGAGCAGCAGUGAGGUGAUGAAGAGUCGUCCGACACACAGGCCGGCUGUUCCUCACGAGCCUCAGCGAGACUCAAAACUCAAGCAGAAGAGGGCAGAGGCUCAUGGGAAGAAACCCAGCAAGAGUCGCAGCGUGAAACCACCGCCGAUGUGUCCAACUGCAGCUAAACCACGCCCACUGCUGCCGGUCCACCGCAGGAAACUCUCUGUGGAGGAUCAUAUGAAGGAAGCCAAAAAACUGAAGCACAAAGCUGAUGCCAUGGUGGAUAAGAUGUCUAAAGCCCUCAGUUACCUGGAGGCUGCACUGUCGUUUGUGGAGAGCGGUGUUGCCAUGGAGACGGACCCCCAGACGCCCAAAUCUGCAUAUACCAUGUUCUCUGAGACGGUUGACCUGAUCAGGUUUAUAUUGAAAUUGAAGAAUUACACGGAUCCGCCUGCUGACGCUCACGACACUGAUUUCUUAGUCCUGUGUUUGCGAUGUCAGUCUCUUUUGCAGAUGGCGAUGUUCCGCUACAAACGAGACUCGGCGCUCAAAUACUCCCGAACUCUCACGGAUCAUUUCAAAAGUUCAUCGUGUUCUGCAUCUCCCUGCAUGUCGAAAGGUGUCGUCUCAUCCGCUGCUGGUACUGUUGUCAUUCCUCAGAUCAUCCAGCAGGUGGCCACGUCUUACGUUAACAUCACAACGCUAGUCCUGAGCGCUCACGAGACGUGGGAUCAGGCUGAGGAACUCGCUCAAAGAGGCAGCGGGUUGCUGCUAGAGCUGGAUAGUGUUGUUGGUCGACUGAGUCUCUUGUCUUCCAUGAGUUCAUUACUGCAGUACACUCGACACGGACUGUUCUGGAUCAGACUCGACACGCACAACUCGCUGUGAUGUCACACUUCAGUCGCUUCCAGCCUGUUGAUUGGUCAAGUAACUUGUGUUGCUGUAGACCGUUACUCCUCAUUGGUCAACUUCCUGCGUCCAUCAGUAUUUUCUUUAGGAAGCUUUUGAGUCGCCGCUGGAAGACGUGAGAAACUCUCUGGAAAUGAAAUAUGAAAUAGAUUUUUGGAUUGUUCUUCUGUAAAGGAAACUGAUGAUCUUUGUGCAUCACAUUCUGUAGUUGAAACAUUGUUGUGCAGUUUUUGUGAUAUUUUUCCCAGGUUUCCUCUGAAGUGUGAGUUUCUUUGAUUUGUGAUGGGACAGAAUUCCUUGACAAUCAUCAGGCUUUUCCUCAGAUGCCUUUUCUAAUUGUAUUGUAUUUUUUAUUUAUUGUUUUGGCAGGGGUUCAAUAAAGUUUGACUGAAUUUGGGUUUCCUGACGUGUUUCCAAAGAUGACAUUUUUGUAGUUUGGAUGUUUUGGGUGGGACAGGAAGUGUGUAGUGACUCGGCACCGCCUCUUGCUGCUGCCAGUCGAAGCUUUGCUUUCUUUAAUGAAGUUUUGGGAAAUGUAAAUGUUUCUCAUAUUAUGUUUUAUAAAUGCAGAAAUGUAAAAGAAGUGCAUAUUUAUUUCAAAUUCAUUUCAAGAAACUGUACAGAAAAUAAAUAUUUCCACA